CCGGUGGAGGAAGUGGUGAGCUGCCGUAGGGGCCGCAGGCAAUCUGAGCCGACAAAACAGAUCCUGAAAUCCUUGGUACAGAGCGUUUCUCUAAAGCACGCAGGCAGCGAUGGAGAGCUUCUGGGCAAUAAGGAUUCGUUGAAUUCAUUGACGGGUGUCAGUACUGUUGGAUCUAGUAAGACUGAGCCUGAGGGCGAGAGGGAUGACAUUGAGGACAACCUGGCUCAUAGCAAAGAUUCCUUGGAACUCCAGAAUGCAAGUGAUUCUGAGGAAAUGGCGAGAGGUACAGAGUUUGUUCAAGAAGGUGUCGAGCCAGAAGAGGAAUUAAUGAUAGAGGGCGACCAGACUGAAGAUCCUGUUGAGCUACAGGAAGUCAAAGGAUGCAAACGGCAAAACAGCCAGCCCUCUGGAAAUGCAGAGAAGCGCAGAGGCUGGGACAGCGAUUCCAACGUCUCUGAAGAGGUUGCUUCCGUUUUGGAACCAAUAUCUCUUCAACAGAUGGUGACUGAAGCGUGCCAUUCUGCCCUACAGGAAAUCCAGUCUGACUCUGAGACGGCGUGCAGCACAGACGAACCCAAGGGGGCAGAUGGAUCCACUGAGGAUACUGAGGCGGAAGGCAGCGACUCAGGGAGGGGUGUCAUGGAGCCUACCAUGGAAUACUCAUUCAACGAGCCGGGCGAGGAACCGAAACACCUCAGCAGCGAAGACUCGACGGACGAGGACGAGCAAGAUCGCGAGUCGCGCAGCAUUCUCCCGCCAUCAGUGCUGGGCCAGGCCAGUCUCAUCGCUGGCCGCUUCAUCAACAGCCGAUCACGUCGCAACAGCCUAGCAGCGGAUGACAGCCGGUCCUGCGGCUGCUCGACGCCGAAGACAACGAGCAGACAGAGCAGCCUCGAGCGCGGGGACAAAUCGCCAUGGAACGGCGGCGCCUCUGGGACAAGCGAUGACUCCCAAGCGAGCAUUCGCCAAGCCAACGUCAGCCAGGAAAAGCACCUCGACGAACCUAGACUCAGCAGCCCGGAGGACGCGCCCCUGGAGACAGAUCGGAACGUUCCGAGGAGAAGGGACUCCACCUUGUCCCGCCAGGAUCGCCUGCUCAUUGAGAAGAUUAAGAGCUAUUACGACAACGCAGAGCACAAGGACGCCAACUUCAGCAUUCGAAGGCGAGAAAGCCUGUCCUACAUCCCCGCAGGCUUGGUCAGGAGCUCCAUCUCGAAGCUGAACAGCCAAAACAGGGAAGAGGAUUUGCGAGAGGCCACGCUGAGGAGACGGUUGGCCGCUUCCAGCACGGCCGCUGGUGGGCCACUGCCUCAUGCUUUGUCGGACCUUCCGGAUCCCAAUACCCAACCAGGCUCCCACUCCCCUUCUCCAGAAUCAGGAGCCCCGCCACCAGCACGUGACGGUCCUGCAGAAGACAGUCUGCCUUUGGACUUCUCAAGGGGGGCCGACCCCGUUUCCCAGGACCCCAUUACUGACGCUGAAUUCCAACCAUCUGCCAACAUGGUCAAAGUCUGGCAAGAGAUGGAGAGAGUGGCGGACGCUGCAGCAGAGCCUCCCAAAAGGACGGAGCAGAGACUCGAGUCAAUGCGAAGGCCCGAGGUCUUUGAACCUAUCCCUGAGAUGCUGAAGAAAAGAGAAGCCGCAAACACUGAACGAUGCCAAAUAAAACAGCUCAGCAACGGCAGGAUUAUUUUUGGCCUCGAUUUCAACGAGCCAUUGGUUAUUGUGGAAGACAGCGACCUAAGUGCCAUAAAGGAAGAGUCACCGCUUUCUUCUCCAGUGAGGUUCACUCAUGAGUGUGGACUGCAAAGAAGACCAAGUGAGAAAUCGCAACGUGGUGACAGGGAGCACGCUGAUGAAGUGCUGCCUAUCCAAACGUCUGACCCAUUGGCUCAAGCACCGUUGUGCGUCCAACCAGCCAAGUGCUCAGGGCCAGAAAACAAAACCUCACCACCACAACCACCCGACACCCGCUCCAGUCUCACCGUUAAGAAGCAGGACCAACCAGCGCGAGGCACCAGAGCCCCUGUAGCCCAGGCAGGAUCGAGGGCCCAGAGUGAAGAGUUACUAAGAGAGGUGACAGAGAAGAUGAAGACCAGGGUCUACCAACUGGCCAGGAUAUACAGUCAGCGGAUUAAGAACAACAAGCCAGUGGUGCAAAAGAGAAGCCAACACAUAGAGGAGGAGCCGAUGAGCAGCGAAAAAGAAGUGGGUAGUGAACUGGCCAAGGUGCCUCAUCUCCAGAAGGACAAAAAGGAUAUGGUUGUUGGCGCAGAUAAAUCAAAGAUGGCACUGUCUAUGCCGUUCUAUGAACAUGUCAUUAUUCAGGAACAAGUGCCAUUGACACCAUUGAUGGAGGAGCCCAACACCCCACCUCUGAGCAAGGAGUUGCAAUCGAUCCUUCCAUCUUCCAGCAGGAUUCCAUCUCCUCGACGUUCCGUCAUCAGCCCGAAUUUAACAUCUCCGGCCAGGUCCCAUUCCAGGAGUCCCCUGAGCCCGACUGAGAUGGAAACCUUCCUGUGGCCCGAUGUUCGGGAACUCUGCUCUAAGUAUGCCGCUGUGGACGCUCGGUUUGCGAGAAACUCUGCGCAGAGGCCAGUGCGAAUGACUGAAAGUGGCUGCCCCAAACUGACCCGAGUUGCCAAGAGUAUGUCCAUGCCCAACGGAAUGAUGGAAGGCAGACUGUCCCACGCCAGUUCUUUGGAACAAGAGGACAAUUCCAAAGCGGGUUACUGCCCGUCCAGUGCAAAGUCUCAGCCGUUGAAGGCAGCUUCCAGUACGGGGGCCAGGAAACAGCUACAUUCCGACUCGUCCAUCCAGUACCUUGUACAGGCGACCCCUGAAAGUCCCCUCAGGAAUCACACAAACUGCUCGAGGACUGCCUUAUCGGACUGCAGGUGCACUGAGCAAAGUUCCAGUUCAAACUGCAAGCACUGUCACUUUAUGAAAGGCACGGAAGGCACUCAUUACGUUUCCUCGGAGUUCACUGUGCAAGAUCAGCAGGUCAUCAUCAUGGAGAAAUUGCCAUGCGAUGGGGAUGAUCUGAGCAGUCAUAGGAACGAGCAGACCACGAAAGAGAGCAGCAGUGGCGGGGAGGGCUACGUCCAGAUCAGGUCUCCAACGUCGCGCGAGAACAUCUCCAUCCAGGCGGUCGUGGAAAGGUGCAGGGCCUACCAGGAGUCAGAGGAGUAUAAGAUAAGGCAAGAGACCGAAGCCAAGAGCUGGAGGCCAGGAAAUGCCAAGAUGCGAGCUCCUGCGGGAGCUGAGAAAAAAGUCUCCUCGACCAAACGACAGGCAGAACCCAGAAAGGAGAUGAGCCAGCUCCACAGGAGGACAGACUUGGGCCAACAAGGCCUGGUGAAGAACCUGAGAGACAAGUUUCAGAGCUUGAGUUCAGCCAGGUAAACACACGCUGGCUUCGUUCUCAGAUGCUUCUUGGAUAUCAAACCACUGUACUUGGUCAAAUGGAUGUAAAAAAAAUUAUUCAAGGUGUGGCGUUUUGUUCUUGGACAAGAGGCCCAGAACAUUAACCUGACCUUCACUGAAAUGUCUAGAAACUGAAACUAGUAACUGGUGUCUCAAUGCUUAGCCAGUUUAUUUAUCAAACCUCAAUAAAUUUAUAAUUGAACUGA